UGGGUUGCGCGGGUUGCCUGAUGAUAUUUCCCAUUUAUCUGGCACAAACAGACAGAAAAGUGGCACUUUUCAUCACUUUUCCUUCCUAUUUUCUCUGCUAAUCUCCCUUAAAUACGUGCACACUGCUGUGCAAUCCUGAAAGAGGGGACUUUUGGCUGGCAGUGCUUAGCAGUGCCGGAGAGAAAGUGCGAGUUUGUCGCGACUUUGGUGUGAAGUUCGUGGCGUGACAUUUUGAGUGGUGGGCAAAUUUGGGUGAAUUUAGCAGCGCAUCGUUUGAAAAGUCAUCCGGGAGCAUGUCAGGGCUAGAGGAGGAGGCGCAGGAGGAGGCGAAGGAGAUGUACGAGUGCAGCAGCUGCCAAAUGUACUUCCCGGACGUGAUGGAUCACGUCCGGCGCUACCACGGCGGCCAGAAUGUGGUGCUGGAGAUGGACGAGGAGCCACGCGAAGUGGCCGAGGAGGCGCUGGAGGAGCCCGAGGCAGUGGCGGAGGAGGAGGACCAGGAGUACACGAUCGAGUACAUCACGGAUGAGCCGACGGAGGUGAUGAAGGUGGAGCGGGAGGAUGAGGCGGAGCCGCGGCGGCCCGAGAAGGUGGAUAUGCCGAUGAAGAGUCGCCACGUGAAGGUGGAGCGAUUCUGGGAAGCGCCAGCGCCGCUGCCCACAGAGCGCGAGCCGUCGCCGCGGCCCAGCCGGCGGCAUCUACCAGAUGAUCCCGAUCCGCUAGACGUGUACAAGUGCGGCGAGUGCGGCACGGUGUUCCCCAACAACAAGUCGCUGCGCCUUCACGUGAAGAUGCACAAGCCGAUCCACCAGCGCACCAUCGAGGAGGCCAUCCAGAGCGACAUGCGCGGCGUGCGGGGGCGCCCCGAGCAGAAGAACACCUUCCACUGCGACAAGUGUGGCAAGGACUACGACGAGGCGUUUAUGGAGAUGCACAUGCGCAUGCACAGCGACGAGCCCAGCUUCCACUGCACGAUCUGCAACAAGAAGUUCGAGUCGGAGGAGAGCUUCAGGAUGCACUCUAACGUGCACCAGGAGCGCGCCACGUACGCCAAGGAGAGCCGCAGGAAGGACGCGCCGCGCCCCUACGCAUGCCAAUACUGCGACAAGGCCUUCAUCCGGCCGCACGAGAAGGUGAAGCACGAGCGCAUCCACACUGGCGAGAAGCCUCACGCGUGCGAAGUGUGCGGCAAGACGUUCCGCGUGGCCUACUGCCUCACGCUCCACAUGCGCACGCACACCAUGGUGCGGCCCUACGUCUGCUCGCUCUGCGGCCGCCGCUUCAAGGCACACGCCGUGUACAACCAUCACAUGAAGACGCACGGCGAUGAGCGCAACUAUAAGUGCCCAUUCUGUCCCAAGGCCUUCAAGACGGCCGUUCAGCUGUCCGGGCACAAGAACAGCCACACGAAGCCCUUCAGCUGCACGGAGUGCAAUCGGCCCUUCGCGUCGCUGUACUCCGUGCGGGCGCACAUGGAGAUGCACCGCAAGCCAGCCAACGGACUGCGCUACAAGUGUGACAUCUGCGGCGCCACGUACGCGCGCAACUCCUCCGUGAAGGACCACAUCAAGGAGGCGCACGGCGAUGAUCCGCUCAUGGAGGAGACAGAGCUCUUCACCGAGAUCGAUCGUGCCGCCGAGCUGGCCGUGGAGACGCUCGAGGACGCCAAGAUCGUCGCGACGAGCAUCGCACUGGGGUCUGAGGCGGACGACGAGGUGCUCGUGGCCGAAGCCGAGUGGAUCGACUGACUUUAAUUUGUAUAUUUCCAUUGAGACAUUCUGUAGCUUCCCUCGUAAUGGGCAAUAAAAAGAUAUGUGUUAUGUUCCAAUUCUUCGCUUUUGAGCAUUCAAUUGUGAAUUUUCAGCGCUAAAGAAAAUCACAAACUUGCGUGAGAUUUGAACUCAUGAGAGCCGAAAGUGAAACUUUUAACCCUCACCAGGGCUUGGAAA